CCAGGUGUGGGGCACUGAGUCGUAGGCCUUCUUGUAAUCAAUCCAAGCAGUGCACAGUCUUGCAGUCUUGGGGAACUGCUCUUUCUUCCAGUAGCUGGUGUUUUGCCUCUCGGGUGCUCCUGUUGAUUCCUUUCUGUGUCCCACUCAUGUAGGCAAUAUCCCUGUUCAUCCUAGUCACUAUGAUGCUUGACUAGAGCUUCCAUGUGGUAGUGAUGCAGGUUAUUGGCCAGUAAUUGGAUAGGGCCGGUCCCUUCUGGCGAUCCUUGAGGAUCAGGACUGUCGGCCUCUCCUGUCUUGUCACACUCAUUGACUGCUACGGGUUUCUCAAUGACUGUUUGCAGUUUCUGACUCAGUCACAGCGCCUCAUUUGAGUCUGCUUUUGAGUCCAGCCUUAAUCUACAGCCCACAAAACAGUGAGAACAACUGUUGACCCGUCCACAAAUCAUGCUCUGCACAGACUCAGCCGACCUGUUCUUUAAAAAAAGGUCUAAAUUCUAAAUGAUGUUUCAUUUGUGGUGGAUGUCGGAGUCUGAGGCUGUUUUCACACAUAUAGUUGUUUAUUCUGGUCCAGAUCAGUUAAUGAGGUAGUAAACUCACGAGUCGCCAAGCUGGUGGUGCGUACAGACGUGUACGCGGUGUCACAGCGCUCCCGACUACUGUGCACGUUUUUGUGUUUUUUAUGCUUUUUAUUGUGACUUGCUGCAAUGCACUGAUCACUUUCACUCGUCAGGAAUCGAUAGAUGUCAUCCAUAGCCUGAACCUGGACUUUACUUUAGAUUAGACACACAGUAUUCAGAGAUUGUGAGACCAGCAGGUGCUCCAUGGGCUAUUGUCUGGAACAGCAAGCAACACAGACGGCACUCCUCUCCCUGCACCUGAGCCAGGACCGCAACAAAACUCUGGUAAGGGAGGGGGGCCAUAAUGCAUACAGAAUUAUAAAAAGUCACUGCUCACCAGACUUGGAGGCCAUGUCCAUUCAGUGCGGGCCCUUUUAUCUACCUGCGAGCUAACAGUAGCCAUAGUUAUCAUUGUUUACAUCCAGAGGGCGUUCAUGUUGUUGCUGGGGACUUUAAUAAGGCAUGUUUGAAAUCUGUACUCCCCCAAAACCAACAUGGUAAGGACACUUACCAUGUUGGUUAGUUUUUCCCAGUGGUUUGGUUAGUUUUCACACAGAGAAACAUUGAAGUGAACUCCAAGCGAACCAAAAUGCAUCACCACAAACUACGUGAGAAUGUUCAGUCUGCCCACUGGUCACAUGUGUCUGGGACAGGAGCAGUAAAACUAAACACAGGAGGAAUGUGGUGUGUGAGAAAACUGAAAAUUUAAGUUAACCAGCUAGCUGCCAGCCCGUACAGACCUGUGCACAUUCAUAGUAGCUUCCCACAUUGAGAAUACAAUGCAGACAUGGCUACAGUAGCUGGGCUGUUGGUUCAGAUCGAGGUCUGAUCCUGUUCACACCAUUAACAAACCUCUCUGGAGUUGGUUUGGAACCAUAUCGAGAACACCUUCUCCAAAAGGGUCUCUGUUGUUUUGGUCCAAGUAUGCUUACUGUAUUCACACCUGCACCAACGAACCACACCGAAAAGAAAACCAACCAGAGUUGGGUUUAAACAGACUAAACACCCACCCUAGGCCUUUAUACACUCAGUAUGUAACGAAUAAACGACUUGAAAUUCAGAUGUUUUUGGUUCCGCACACGUCGUGUAGGGUAUUAACUCACUUGAAAAUACCGAAAAAUGAUUCCUGAAAAAUCAUGCUGUGAGAAAAAUGGAGUGGACAGAAAGUGGCAUUGAGCUGGUUCUGAUGUUUCUAGGUGAAGACUGGAUUCUCAGGAAAAGGUAGCAGGAGGAGAAUUUCCUGGUUUGAUCCCGGAGUCGAAGCUUUCAGACGUACUUCCGGAUGUCAAAGAAAUCAUUUCACAGAGCCGACUGACCCUGGGAGGCACCUAGCUUUGAGUCUGAGGGAAAACAGGAUUAUUUUACUUUUUCACAUCACUGUGUAUUUAGUACUGAUGCUACGACGAUGCUUGUUGCCAAACGCAGUGCUAUGAUUGGUCAGAUCUGUUUAUUCAAGUCUUGAAAAAUCAGAAAAAGCCAACAAAAAAAAUGUCGGGGGUUUAAAGUCUUACACAGCUUUUAUUUUGAAGGUUUUUGGAAAGCUGAAUGCACUCGGCUCAUCUUCUGUAGUUUAAAUGUGGCAGUAAUUAAAAUGUUCAGACAUUUUUCACAGCAUGUGAACAAGGGAUUUUUGUUCAUUAAAAUAUUACGUGUCAUAGCUCAGUGGGCUACAUACUGAACUCAGGCUGAGGGGCCUGGACCCCCGGGAGUCGUCCGCUGCAGUUAUUGAAUAAUGUGACGUCAUCUCCGCUUUAUUUUGGAAAGGUUUGGAAAGAGUGGUGCUCUCUGCGGCUUGACUGCGCAGGUCCGCAGCUGGCGGCAGAGACAGACGCAGAGUUCGUCGUUCCCGGCUGGAGCACCGCCGGAGCCGCCUGCUUUGUUCGCCACAGGCUGAGCGCGAGGAGCCGGUGCUCCGGUGUUUCCAGUGCUUAGAGGAAACCUCCGUAGCUGCGAGCGCAGAGCGUUAAUCUGCCGGGAGACCCGGCGGAGGGACCGGUGUGAUUUGUGGGACGGUACACGGUGUAAAAUGGCUCCCGGGCACCGCGAGCACCGACUCAGCUGAUCAGCAGCUCCAUGUGACGUCACUGCUUCUUCCAGCAGCGCUUCAACCGAGCUCUUCCUCCUCCUCCUCCUCUGCUGCAAGGUGGCAUGUCGGCGGCUCAGACCCAGAAGGAGAGCAGCGAGGCGGGCUGGGGCUGCCUGGAGGCUCUGGGUCUCAGUCAGAAGGAGAUCGUCCUGGCUGAGGCCCUGCAGAUGGAGUACGAUGCCCUGUCCAAACUCAGACAGGACAAGAGCGGAACGGGACCCAGCCAGACCGGCUCCAAGACCCCCAAUCCCUCCAUCGAGCGUCACCAGUCCACACCUUCCCCGCCGGGAGGAAACCUGCUGAUGGGCCUUUCCGGGUCCGAAUCCUCCCUGAACCAAGCGGGAGGGUCCCAGUCUCCACAGUCCGCCCCAGCCAGGGCCCUCCCCCCUCGGGGCGGCUAUGUCAAGGAGUCCCCAUACAUCCUGGACAGUUCUGAAGUCUGCAAGUUCAGGGACGCUUCUGUGCCCAGCCUCGGGGACUCUCCCGGAUCCAGUUCAGGGUUUCUGCCAAAGGGUUUUCCCGCUCUUCCAGAUGACACACCCCCCGCCAUCCCACCAAGAAACCCCAUCCCACCACUGGCAGUGUCCGAGAACCCCUUCCUGCCCCCCCGACCCUCCACCGUGCCGCGGGACGUGAACCUGUUCAUGCCCAACGUGGAUCGGCCCAAAGUGACCUCCGGAGACCUGAACUAUGACACCAUCAACGACUCGCUGUCCCGACUAAAUGACAGCUGGCAAGGUCGGAGGGCCAACGGCGACCAAUCAGGCAAGCCCGUGGCCCGCAGCAAGACGCUCCCCCCUCAGGUGCCUCCCAGGACGUACGUAGCUGUUCCCAAGAGCAACAAGAACCAGCGUCCGGUCUCUGCAGACCCGGUGUCGCUGGGCGCUAGGAUGAACGGUUUCGGGUACGAGCUCUUCCAGGUGUCGGAGGAGCGUGACGAGGAGGUGGCAGCGUUCUGCCACACGCUGGAUGUGCUGCGCUCGGCGUACCCGUGCUGUGACCGCUCAAAGAACGCCGGCUUUGUGUGGUCGCCCUCUGUCGGCCACGAAGAGCUCCAUCAGGGCCUGGGGGUCAGUGUGAAGGUGACGGUCAUCAGUGAGCACUUCAGAGAGCCGCUCACCUUUACCUGUGACAGUUCGUCCACCGUGGACCUGCUCAUCUACCAGACUCUGUGCUACGCUCAGGACGACCUCGACCAUGUGAACGUGGACGACUACCUGCUGAAGGUCUGCGGACAUGACGAGUUCCUCCACAACGCGCAGACUCUGGGUGGGCUCGAGUUCGUUCAGCAGUGUCUGAAGUUCGACUGGGAUGUCCGGCUGUGCCUCGUCAAGAGAUCGUCCAUCAGCAUCGAGCUGGCCCGCACGAAAGAUGACGAUGAGACGGCGUCCACCAUGAACCACAGCAUCCUGCUGCAGGAGCGUCCAAUCAAACAGACAGUCACCAGGGAGGCUCUGACCCUGCUGCUCGACACAUUUCACAACGAGGCAGAGUCCUUCCUGCUGUCAGAGGUGGAGCUGCCUCUGCACGUGGAGCGCCUCGUCCAAUCCGUGAAGGCGCUCUGCAGCUCGUUGGCUGCCGUGGAGACGCCCGACGUGACCUCUGCCCUUAACCAGCUCCCAGCGUGCCCUUGUCGCCUGCAGCCCAAAGUCCUGAAGGAUGCAUCAGUGCUGGCUGUGAGGGAGAACAGAGAGAAAGUGGUGGAGAAGCUGACGGCGGCCAUCUUGGAUCUAGUGGAGCUGUACUGCAGCACAUUUAAUGCCAACUUCCACACGACGCCGCAGAGCCACUGCUGCACGGCGCCCAUCCAAGAGGCUGGCCUCAUCACCAACGUCCUCUCCUUCAACAUCUACGCCGCCCACCGCAUCCCCAUCACGUGGGCUGCCAGUUAUGAAUGCUUCUUCCUGUCCUGCUCUCUGACUCACGGAGGGGCGGAGCUUUGUGCGCCGCAGCACACCAGCAAGCAGUCGGUCAGCAAAUACCUGUUCCACCUGGUGGUCUGGGACCAGAGGGUGUGUUUCCCCGUGCAGAUCAAUCAGCUGCCCCGAGAGUCUCAGCUAACGGUGGUGCUGUACGCCAGCCCUCUGCCGCCCCCCGGAGGAGCUGAGGAGAAGGGGAAGCAGCGGCGCAGCAUCGAGGCGCUGGGCUGGGUCACCAUGCCGCUCUUCAACUUCAGACACGUGCUGACGUGUGGCAGGAAGUUGCUGGGUCUGUGGCCUUCAACCCCGGGGAGGAACGGAAACGCCCGAACAAGUUCGCCCAACUUCAGCCAGCCGGACAGCGUCAUCCUACAGGUGGACUUCCCCACAUCAUCCUUCGAGGUGCGCUUCAGCACGCCGCCUCCUGCAGACUUCUGCCCUCAAUACAACUUCUCCAGACUGGACACCAUCAGCCAGAUACAGCUGCAGGACGUCCUGCACAAGAAGGCCUUCUUCUGGUUGACGGUGGAGGACAAGCGUCUGCUGUGGGAGAAGAAGGCCUUCUGUCAGGCUGAGAGCGCCGCGCUGCCUCUGGUUCUGGCCAGCGCCCCCUGCUGGGAGUGGGCGUGUCUGCCAGAAAUCUACGCCCUGCUGAGACAGUGGGCCUGCCUGGGUCACCUGGACGCCCUGGGCCUCCUCCAUGCCUCGUUCCCAGAUCAGGAGCUGAGGAGGACGGCGGUCCAGUGGAUGGAUUCCAUCUCCGACCCGGAGCUGCUGGAUUUCCUGCCUCAGCUGGUGCAGGCUCUGAAGUACGAGUGUUACCUGGACAGCUCUCUGGUUCGUUUCCUCCUGCGGCGAGCCAUCGGGGACAUUCGCGUCGCUCACUACCUGUUCUGGCUGCUGAAGGAUAACCUCCAGGACAGUCAGUUCAGUGCUCGCUAUCAGCACCUCCUCGCUGCGCUGCUGUGCUGCGUUGGUCGGGGCCUCCGGGAGGAGUUUGACCGGCAGUGCUGGCUCGUCUCCAUCCUCGCCAGGGUGGCUCACAAAGUUCGAGAGGCGACGCCGUCCAGCAGACAGAUGUUGUCCUGUGGGAUCCCGGAGCUCUCCGACCUCGAUGACCUGAAGUAUGUCUAUGAUGCACUGAGACCUCACGAGUCUGAGGCUGACGCCACCAUGUACUUCACCAGGUUGAUCGAGUCCAGUCUGGGCAGCGUUGCCACCAAACUGAACUUCUUCAUCCACAAUCUGGCCCAGAUGAAGUUCACCUCGUCGGAGGAGCGCCCCACGCUGUCGUUCGCCCCCAGGUUCCACUCGGCAAAGAGCGACGGCAUCAUCAAGAACCUGUACAUCUGCAGACAUAUCCGGACCGGCGGAAAGGGAUAUGCUUUUGUGGUGAAGGUGGAGCGUGAAGGUCAGCAGGAGGUGCAGCUGGUUCAGAGGACGUUUGAAGAGUUUCAGGAACUCCACAGCAAACUGAGGCUCAUCUUCCCCUCAUCCAAACUGCCCAGUUUCCCCAGUCGCUUUGUGAUUGGCCGUUCCCGCAGCGAGGCGAUGGCUGACAGGAGGAAGGACGAGCUGAACGGUUACGUGUGGCACUUGAUCCACGCCGCUCCGGAGGUCGCUCAGUGUGACCUGGUGUACACCUUCUUCCACCCGCUGCCCAGAGACGAGCGAUCAGGAACGACGGCGAGCAAACCAGCAGGUUAG